AGUCGUUUUUUUCGAAGUCGCCUUAUUCAUACACAUAUGGGUCACCAGGUCUCAGUUCAGGGGUGGUUCACUUAUCCUCACUCAAAAUUGCACUGGAUAACCUUUCAAAUUGCAUUCCAACUCAGCAGGAGCAAUGACAAUGCCAUCCUACAAGCUCACCUAUUUCAACAUGCGAGGUAGAGCAGAGCUGCCUCGGUAUAUCUUUGCCUAUGCUGGAAUAGCCUUCGAGGAUCGGCGGGUAGAGUGGAGAGACUGGCCAUCGAUUAAGAAGACCUUUCCAUUAGGAAAGCUCCCAGUGUUGGAGGUGAAUGGACUCCCUCUGACCCAGAGUCUGGCCAUUGCACGGUUCCUGGCAAAGGAAGCAGGGCUUGUGGGUAACAGCAGACUAGCCGAGGCCCAGGCAGACGCUCUGGUAGACACCCUCAACGACUUCACCCUCUUAAUCCCAUGGAGAGAGGACAACCCACAGAUCAAAACACAGAAGAUUGACCUGCUUUUCCAAAGCCACGCCCCCAAGUUACUGGACCAUCUCCAGUGUCAUCUGGGAGACAGGGAGUGGUUAGUGGGUGAUUCGGAGACCUGGGCUGAUCUCUACUGCCAUGUGUGCUUCACUACCUUCAGUGUGCUGAGACCGGGCUUUGCUGAUCACCAUCCUGCCCUGUGUGGCUUGACUGAACGGGUGGAGGCCAUCCCGAACAUCGCUAAGUGGAUCCAGAGCAGACCUACAACAGAAUUCUAAAACCUGGGCCCAGUUCAGUAGGGACAAAGCAGGAUAAAAUGUUCUGAAGCUUAGAAUUGGUCCAUUAAUUCUCAUUUAAAUGUUUCAGUUUCAAAUGUGUUUGCAUUUCCGUGCUUACUGAACACAAACCACAACUUACCCUGCAAUGAGGAAUGUGUAUGCAGAAAGUACUGAUGUGAGGCACAUUACUGUAGAAGUAUAGUCAGACAUGACAAAAUGAAGAUGGCAAAUGUACUUUUAAAAUAAACCAUUGAAACAAAAGAAAAAUAAA